AUGACACCACCUCGGACGCAUUGGUUAUCGCUCGAAGAGCAGUCACUCUCAAACUCUCCACCCAAUGCCAACGUGCCUCGUCCUAUAGACAGCUCCGUGGCUGCUACUUCGCGCCCUGCAUCUGAGGCCAUGGCUGUGCCACUUCCUGUCACUCCCGUCACGGAUCAGCCGAUCCCAUCAUCGGUGGAUGAUGGGUCCAAAACUGUUACCGAGGCGGAGUCGUCGCCGCCCGUCCACGUCCUACCGUCAUUUUUACCCAGCCGCAUGCCGGGUCUUAGCACCAUUCCAACAAAGAAAAAGGCUGCGAAGACGGAACGCAGCUUACUUGAUGACCUUGUCUCCGGAGCAUCCCCGUUCAGCCCGCUUCGUCUGGGCAGCCUCUCAAUUCUCUCUUUGGUCCUAGACAAUCAAUACUAG